AUGGUGGAAAAAUCAGAGACUUUCACUUUCUGGGAACUGGCCUCUGCAACGAAGAAUUUCCGUCAAGAAUGUCUACUGGGGGAAGGUGCAUUCGGAAGAGUGUAUAAGGGACAACUUGAGAACAGUGGGCAGGAUGUUGCUGUGAAGCAACUAGACAGGAAUGGAUUGCAUGGAAACAAGGAGUUCCUUCAGGAGGUUUCGAUGCUGAGUCUCCUGGACCAUGAAAAUCUGGUCAAUCUAGUUGGAUACUGCGCUGAUGGUGAGCAGAGGCUUUUGGUGUGUGAAUACAUGUCAUUGGGUUCUCUGGUUGAUCAUCUGUUUGAGAUGAAACCAGACCAAGAACCACUAAGCUGGCCUACAAGAAUGAAUUUAGCUCUAGGGGCUGCCAGAGGUGUCGAGUAUUUGCACGAAAAGGCUAAUCCCCCGGUUCUAUACCGAGAUUUAAAGUCGUCAAACAUCUUGCUGUGUGGAGAUUUCCAUCCAAAACUCUCCACUUUCGGGCUGGGCAAGGCCAAGUCUGUUGGCGAUAAGAUGCAAGUGUCUCGGGUGAUGGGGACUUAUGGCUACUGUGCUCCUGAGUAUUCAAGGGACAGUCAGUUUACUUUGAAGUCAGAUAUAUACAGCUUCGGAGUCGUUCUACUAGAGCUCAUCACCGGUCGAAAAGCCAUCGACACGACUAGGCCAAUGGAUGAGCAAAAUCUCGUUUCUUGGGCACAACCCAAGUUCAGGGACCCCAAAAAGUUCCCAGAAAUGGCGGAUCCCCUUCUCAAGAGGCGGUUUCCGGAGAAGAGCCUGAAUCAAGCGGUGGCAAUAGCAGCAAUGUGUCUUCAAGAGGAGGCAUCAGUGCGCCCCUUGAUCAGCGACGUUGUAACAACCCUUAGCUUCCUUGUAGCGUCUAAAGAGGAAAAUAUGUGUGACACCACCCCUCUCCCAAGUCUUCCUCCGGCCGAUAGUGGCCAUGAAAAGGGCGGAGACAGCUCAGAACACACCUCUGAUCAUGAGGAUGAAGGCAGCGAUUGCAGCAAGAGCGGGUCACAGGAGGGGAGUGAAGAGGAGAGCGAAGAGGAACACCAGCACGAUCAUAACAGGCCGUCCCGGGAUGGAAGUGAGCAGGGUGACCACGACAGUGGAGAUGAGUGUCAUAGCGCUGUGACGGGAUCCAAUGAAUGGGGCUCAAAUUCAAGCCAUAACAGCAACAGCUUAUGA